CCCCUCACUUCAAAUCCCUUCUCCAACUCCAACCCCAAAACCAUGGCCUCCUUCAAACCCUCCAUCCCCCUCAACACCGACUCCUCCCCUUCCCGCCGACCCUCCGGCGAGGUCCACGUCAUCAUGGGUCCCAUGUUCGCCGGCAAGACCACCGCUCUCCUCCGCCGCAUCAAGUCCGAGGGCGCCAGCGGCAGAAAUGUGGCGAUGAUAAAGUCGAGCAAGGAUAACAGGUAUGCUAUUGAUUCGGUGGUGACUCAUGAUGGGGCCAAGUUUCCGUGCUGGGCUCUGCCGGAUCUGUCCUCGUUUAGGCACAGAUUUGGAGGAGAUGCUUAUGAAAAGCUUGAUGUUGUUGGUAUCGAUGAGGCUCAGUUUUUUGAUGAUCUGUAUGAUUUCUGCUGCACGGCUGCUGAUCAUGAUGGGAAGACUGUGAUUGUUGCAGGCCUGGAUGGUGAUUACUUGAGGAGGAGCUUUGGCUCGGUGCUUGAUGUAGUGCCGCUUGCUGAUACAGUGACCAAGUUGACAGCUCGAUGCGAAAUGUGUGGUAAAAGAGCUUUCUUUACCCUAAGGAAGACGGAGGCGACCGAGACUGAACUGAUUGGCGGGGCUGAUGUGUACAUGCCUGUUUGUCGCCAACACUAUGUUAAUGGGCAAGUUCUUAUCAAAGCUGCAAGAAGUGUUGUGGAGUCUCAUAAAUCUAAGAGUGGCACUAUCUCAGAAAUAGCCCAAGUUAUUUAGAAACAGCAGUUGCUCUUUCUCUGCUAUUACAUGUCUCUUUAGGAUUGCUAUGUAUUAUAUGAGGCAAAAGUAGCUGACUGCCUGCAGGCUGCAGCCGUAGGUUGAAGUCCAAACAUGGGGAGUCUGAACCUUAAUGGUUUCCUUGGCUUGGGUGUAGUGAUGAACUCUCAUGUAUCCC